CGUCGUUAUCUUUUUCUUUCUGUAUAAAAGGCGAGUUUCCUAUAUAUUGCUCUCGAUUUCCGGGGAAAUCUCGAGAAAAGUUUUUCAGUCUCCCCUAGAAAAUUCUUGGGAACACGAGUUUCUUGCGUCUGUGACUCUGUGCUAACUUUCCUCCCGGAAUUUUGUUCCGAAACAAGGGCCAGAAGCAUUCCGUUCACGCUAUAAACAUCUCUUCCCAUCUUUUGAGGUAAUCUUUUUGGAUUCGGCGUCCAAAUAAAGUUCAAGGAAGUUUCGGUUUCUGUUUUCUCGCAUUUUCUCUCGUUUUCGUGGAAACCUUGUUUGCCGCUGCUUUCCCAAGUCCCAAAGCGUUUCUGGUUUCCGGGGUUUGGAAAAAUCCCUUGCUGACCUAUCAGAGUUGGUCUUGAUUUUGGCUUUGUUAGUUCGUAUUUAGGGUUUCACUUCGGAUUUUUCUUCGUGGAAUAGGCUGGGGGUAGAAUUAGGCGUGUAAGCAGAGAUGAGUAGUCACGUAGUGGUAUACGUCAAUGGGCUGGUACGGCCGGUGCCGUUGUCUCCGGUUCAUGCGGAGGUUGAAAAUGCGAGAUCCGAUGCGGCGGGGCCGUCGGGUUCUGUGGCGGAGGCGGAGGAGGAGAACAGAAGGAUUGAUAUUUCCGACGGGGAAGCGGAUGAGGAGCCGCUCAUUGGCUUCGCCGAGUGCCGUAUUUGUCGGGAGGAGUGCUCCAUCAAAAAUCUCGAGAGCCCCUGUGCUUGCAGUGGCAGUCUAAAGUAUGCUCACAGAAAGUGUAUUCAGCAUUGGUGCAACGAGAAGGGCAACAUUAUAUGCGAGAUCUGUCAUCAGCCUUACCAACCUGGGUAUUCUGCUCCACCUCCUCCACUCCAUACUGAAGAAACCACCGUCAACAUUGGUGGAGGAUGGACAAUCUCAGGUUUGGAUCUGCAUAAUCAUCGUCUCUUGGCCAUCGCAGAAGCUGAACAUCUGUUUUUGGAUUCAGAAUGUGAUGAUUAUACGGCUCCAAAUGCCAGUGGAGCUGCAUUCUUCCGUUCCGUAGCUCUAAUAUUGAUGGCCCUUCUUCUCUUACGACAUGCCCUGACCAUAACAGAUGACCCAGAUGGAGAAGAUGAUUCAUCCUCAAUAUUCUCUCUUUUCUUGCUCCGAGCUGCCGGUUUUCUCCUUCCAUGCUAUAUCAUGGCUCGGGCCAUCAUCAUCCUCCAGCGCCGAAGACAAAGACAGGACCUAGAGGUGUUGGCAACACAGUUUGCGUUGGUGAUGCGGUCGGGACAAGGUAGAGCCGUGCAUUUCAGGAUAGGACCUGGACCAGCACCACCUUCCAUGGCUACUGCAAAUGCCGCCACCACCUCCACUUCACAACACCAACAUGAAGAAGAGCCCGUUUGACUGACUCGUUUUGGUCCUUAAUUAGCAUGGCCUCCUGAAUCAGCUUACGACUCAGCAAAGGUACAAACAAUGUGAAUGGAUUUGCUCGGUAAAUUGGGAAAGAAGAACAGAGUUUCUGGCUUUUCGUUCAUUGAAAGAUUUUUAAAACAGCUGGGAUGAUCUUUAAUCUUCUUUGAAAUGAUUUCUUUCAAAAAAAAAAUUGUUCUUGGUUUCCACUAUAUAUACUGAGUUGUGUGUGUGUAUACACAACUCAUAUACACUUCCUUAAAUAAGCUUCCUUGUAUUUCCAACAUAAUAAUAGACAUUAUUGGGUUGUACAGUGAUUUCUUUUAAUGCCCUCCAUGAAUCUUUUUUUUUUUUGUGUGUGUGUUUGGAAUGCAGAUGCAUUAGCCUUGAGAUCAUUUACUAUAGUAUAGCUUUUUUUUUUUACAUUUUGAUCAACUAUAACCAUUUUAAUUAUGAAUAAAAUUUGUUUUUAUAAGAGAAUACAAGGGUCAUAUCAAAUGUGUGUGUGUAUGUAUACACGUCAUUUUCACUUGAAGGAUAUAAUUAUAUAAAUUUUAAAAGAAUGAAAGAGAAGAAUAAAUUUGCCCUUCCACAUGGUUUACCCUUUGGAUGGUUUAUCUGUGCUACGUGGUUUGUUCCACAUAGUUUGCAGGCUAUUACAUGAAAUCAGAGGGUUUAUCACUGCACCCGAAAGACUGUGGUUGGGUUUCCACCGUUACCCAAAAAAAAAAGAAUAAAUUUGGUUUUACCCUAAAUUGGACGUCAAAUGGUAUCCUUACCUUAGUUACGCGACAUCUUAAAGAGUUGCAUAUCUCGCUCAUCUACGAGGUCCUCCGACACAAUAUAUACAAUGGGCUUUGUAUUGGGCCACAUGAAGGCCUAUAUAACAUGGGCUUAGGAUCCACUUGUUUUUUGGCCUUUUUUCACAAAUUCCGGAUUUCUUGUUAAAUGCAUCGGAUUCGGAAUCGGAUAUUCAUAUUGGAACUUCUAGGGUUUCUGUUAUCGUCCUUCAUAAAUAGCAAGCCGCGGUUGCGGCCGAGAAGGCAAAGGAGUGUCGACGCCAUGGGUCGAAGACCAGCUAGAUGCUACCGCCAGAUCAAGGGUAAGCCCUACCCGAAAUCACGGUACUGCCGUGGUGUUCCUGAUGCAAAGAUCAGGAUCUAUGAUGUCGGUAUGAAGAGGAAAGGUGUCGACGAAUUCCCCUUCUGUGUCCAUUUGGUUUCAUGGGAGAAGGAAAAUGUUUCGAGCGAAGCCUUGGAAGCUGCCCGUAUUGCUUGCAACAAGUACAUGGUCAAGUCUGCCGGAAAGGAUGCUUUCCAUCUGCGUGUUAGGGUUCACCCUUUCCAUGUGCUCAGGAUCAACAAGAUGCUUUCGUGUGCCGGAGCUGAUAGGCUCCAGACCGGUAUGAGGGGUGCCUUUGGAAAACCACAGGGCACUUGCGCCAGGGUGGC